UGAAAUAAUCGUUUUAAACCUCUAUUGGUUGUCUUCAAGGAGUGAGCGCGAAACAUUCAGUCAAUUUGUUGGGGCGCAUCACAGGUACUGGAGGUUAGGGGUUGCAGCUUUCUCGCUAUCACCAAUGUCUGCUGCAGUUCGUAGAUUGAAAAAGGUAGGUCUAAUCAUUUGAAUUUAGGUUUCAGAUCGUAAUUCGUAAGGCAGCUAUCUUCCUAAAUUAGUUGGUUCAAUUGUACAUACGCAUGCGUCAUGCAUGACUGGAUUAUAAAUAUAUUUAUUUAAUUUAAGCUAAAUACGCCUCACUUUAUAAGAGAUUCCCUAUUAGCUUAUUUUAAAGGGAACGUUAUGAGUCGUAAAGACAACAGAUGACAGUUUUGAAGAUGCAAAUGUGUCGUCAUAAACUUUCUGUCGUAGUAGAAACGUUAUGUAAAAUCUCACUAGGAAAAAUAACAGUUGCUUUAUAAUAAAGGUAAAUGUUUAAAGUAAUGUCUACUGUGUAAGAGUCAAAAGUUGUCUCAUACUGGAAUGGACCAUUACUCAUGCUACUUGAGGAAGUCGUGGGGCCCUACGUGCUAACCUAUAAUGCAAGACAGUUUUCAGGCCAGGAAUGAGGCGUAGUCAUAAAGAAGUCCGAUACUCUCGAAAACAAGCACGUGCGUGAAUGACACACACUUUCUGAUUCGAAGACACUACUCAACUUCAAUCAAAAGAUUGGAUUGAAAUGAUGUGCCAGGAUGAUACUAAGCUAAGCAGUCAUUGUUCCCUCUCCCAAAGCCUAGGAAGAGUUUCCAUCUUAAGUGAUCGUGACUAAGAACCCUCAGUGUUAUCUCUCCUGUGGCGUCCUCAUAGAUGUACUGAUAUGGUAGGAAAGCUUUGUUUUCGGUAUUAGCUAUUGUCCUUUUAAUUAGAAACACCGUCAGUAUACUCGAUAGUAAUUAGGAUUGUUUUGGCUGUUUUUAAAUAAAACUGUAGAAUUUGUUCGCAAUUACUGCUGGAUUAAGAGAGAUGAAUAAAUUGGUUGGAUGUGUUGGCGGAACUUCUACAUAUACAGUUUAAGUUGAAGGUGGACUAAGUUAUUGAGUGAUAAAAUAAAACUGAGUCGAUUUGUGUUUCAGAGGUUGUGAAGUCGUUAUUUUGUAAUAUAAGUAAAGAUUAUUAUGAGGACUAGUAGCCCGGUUGUUGUUAGUGUCAGGACUGUAAGUUGGGUUUUGAUUAUUCAGAUUAGAGGUGGGGUCUUGAUAUUAUCUCGGAACUUAGUGUGACAUCAUUUAAUGGUAAAACAGUAAUCUGAAAGUCAGGUUUUGUAACGGUAUUGGAGCACUUUCAUUUUCAUUAAUAAUAAAUUUGUUUUAUACUAGAAUGGAGCGAUACGGAUAAGUUCGUUGUAGUUUACACUUACAGAUGGUGUAUGUAUAGGAAAUACAUGUAGAGUUAUUUAUUGCCACAGGGUACUCUUAGUGUUCUUGUUAGCAAAUCGAUUUGAUUUCUCCAACACAGUGCUACCUGCGUUUGUCGAUCACCUGUAUUGCUCAUUUAGUCUCAAGUGUUCAAUGCAUUGUUAGCUAUAGUCAGGGGAGAUGUCUACUGACGGUAAGUCGUAGACGAGCUGUACUUAUGUCACUUGUCUAGUAACAUGUUUACAACUAACACAUUAAAUCAGGAAGAUUUAACCGUAUCCGAUACAUUUUUCGGGAAGGCAGGUAGGCGCUGAAGAAAGUACAAGUAUUAUUUUUCGAGUUAUUACUACGUAGGUUAUCGCACGUUUGAAGGAGCUGAGUUUAUGUACCUAAAGAGUGCUUCCUUAUCUUUUGUUUUGCAAAUGUCAUUGUUUUUUCUAGUCAAUCGACAGUAAGUAAACAUUCAUUAGUGAAACAUUUCAACCACCUAACAGUUUUAGGUAUAUUGUAAAUAUGGACUCAGAAUGCACAGGGUGUAUAGAUGAUGUUACUGUUCAGUGUAACUCCACAAAGAGCCGUUGUGAGUAACAGAAUCCACGUGAACAUCCUGAAAGCAAUCUUGACAAUGCUUUCUACAUUGGAAUAGCAGUAGGACCUAUAUGUUUUUAUUGAUAAAUUCGAGGUAUUUUGUAUGCCACCAAGUCUUCUAAAGUGGAUUCCUAGCAUCUCAAAGACAUACCGGUGCAGCUUACACUCUAAUGCAUCCCUUAGACCAGUAAUUAAUGAGCUGUUGCUAUUUUCUGGGGGGGGGGGAGAGGCAGCUUUAUAGGGACAAAAUGUACAACCACCUUAAAAGUCGAUGCUUCAGUCCCAUCAGUUAGCUUACCUAUAACGCAUGUAGUUCCCUUUAUGAAUUUUGACAAAGCAGUGGGGAAACGUAACUUACCUGAAGCGUGUAAUAUAUUUGAGCAACUAAUUUCGGACACUUACUGUUCAAGCGUAAUCACCAAAUUCUAAUUGCUGAAUAGACACUCAGAUUGGCACUCAAUAGAACUUAAUAUGCGGCUAAGCCCAUUUUUGUGUAGAAAACAAAAUUUAUCUUGCCAUGUAAGAUCUCAUAGCAUCUGAAAUAUUGUGUUUCAUCCCGCUGCUAACCAGUUUACAUGUAUAUGCGAUCACAUGUACAUAUGGAGGUGGCGUCCGUCAGGGAUACCCACUAGAUAUGAUAGAGAAGAUUUGUAGCUCAGGUGGAUGAUUUUGAUGUGGGAUACCCACUAUUCCCAUUUCUAUUCAAUUUUAUCAUGGAUGUACUAAUGGACUUAACCCCAACAGAGACUCAGGGAUUGACUUGUUACCAGAGAAUAAUCUCGUUGACUUAGAAUAUGCAGAUGAUAUAAUCCUCCCACCUGAAUAAAGACGCUGACAAAAUGCAGAGUCUUCUGAACACACCUUGAGGAGCACCAAUCUUCGAAUGUUUGGAUUGCGGCUCGCUCCCGCCGAAUGUAAGAUGAUGAUACAGGACUGCACUACAAUGAUUCCUAUCCUAGAAAUAGGGAGUAUAUUGUUAGAGCACGUUAACCACUUCACUUAUUUGGGAAGUUGUGUCAACCAGUACCAGAGGAUUGAUCGCUGGCGAAAUCUCAGCACGGACACAGAAGGCUAGUUUCGAAUAUACCAGUUUACGCCGUCCCUUGCACGUGGACGUGAUAUCCGGCUAGGUGUCGACCAAAGAGGGGUGUACUGGUCAGAAAUCCGCUCCGUCCUCCUUUAUGGCUGGCUGUGAGACAUGCUCAUUGAGAAUGGAAGACAUGAAAAGACUGGCUAGCUGCCUGUGAUCAUUGGUGUGUGAGUUCUAUCUCCCGUGUGAAGUGGAAUAAUAGGGUGAGCAAUAUCGAGGUUAGGCGUCGAUCAAGUGCUAGAUAAGGAGGGGAAAUCAAUCGACGAGGCUGUGGAGUUGCACCGAUUGAGAUGGUUAGGACAUGUGUUGCGCAUGCCUAGUCUAACCAUCGCCUUCCUCGACGGGAAAUGUUAACUGGUUGACAUACGGUCAGGUUACAAAAGAGCUAGUGGUGGUCAGACCAAAACAUGACUUAAUCAGUCAGUGAAAUCCACAACAAUUAGUUUAAACCAGCCAGCCACAAAGGAAGGGAUAGACUUCCUUGUCGGGUAUUUCGGGUUGGUAAAAACCGAUGAAGGCUGGAGACAAUCGGUGAUAUGACUCAAAAUCCUCGUUCUCAAUGGCUGGUUCAGAUGCAUUCACUCCUUGUGACUUAUAAUUCCCAAUUUGAAACUAUAUUCUUCCUCGUGAUUGCUAUUACUUUUGUCUCAUAUCCCUGUCUACUGUCUUGCAUUUGUUUUCUAACUUUGCGUGGUACAUGAAGUGUGGCGACUUGAACUACUUCACAUCGGUGCAAAAUUAUGUGUUAAAAACAGGUAGACAGACAUAGGAAGGACCCAUUGGUCUCUGCAAGCUGAUCAUGGAACAAAUAAAUUCGUCGGGCUCAAUUAACUUUGGAAGAAAAAUGCCCAACAUAUUCCAUUGUAGAGCAUAAUAUAGAGACGGGUCAUGAAACCAGUGUGAUUGGUGCUUUUAAAUCUGCAUAUAAGACAGGUUUAGGUCAUGUACUUAAAUUCGUUAAAUCUUAACCAUAAAAAGGUAUUUAAACUUGUUGUGUUCAAAUAUUACUUGUUAUUAUUCUGAACAUGCUUUGGUAAUCUCAAUUCAGAAAUAAGGUUAAUUAUACUUAAUCAUACUGUACACCCCCGUUUUUAUUUCAUACUUCCCAUCUGUGGUCGAGAUCCGUAAACAUUUUGACCUGUUGAUAGAAUUUCAAUCCUAUAUGCAUGACAAGUAAGCGUGUGGUCCGGAAUACGUUGCGCAGAUAUAUUACACACUUCAGAUAAUUUUCUCAACUAAAACUGCUCCAACUAUAACGGUUGCCGGCUAUGUUGCUUCGCUGCCUGCGAAGUAAAUCCUCAGAAAGGUUCUUAAGAAAGAACGUGCAUUGUCAUUCCCGUAUCGAUUAAAGAUAUAUAUAUGCAUUAUAUGAACAUAACUUUUCGUUUAAUGGAAUAUUUUUGUUGUUGACAUUUUACAACUUCAUUAUCGCAUGUUAAUUUCCAUCACAAUCCAAUCCAAUACUGAUGGCUGAUGUGUCCUAAGGAAUAUGAAACAUUGGUUAAUUCAAGCAUCAAAAAUGUGAUUAGAAAUGUUACAUAUGAUGAACCGAAUUUUUUGACGUGGACAGGACUCAUAGUACUGGAUGAACCUCCUUAUAACAAAGGAGCGUUUAGAAUUGAAAUCACAUUUCCAGUUGAAUAUCCUUUCAAGCCUCCCAAAGUGAUGUUCAAAACGCGUAUAUAUCAUCCAAAUAUAGAUGAAAAAGGUCAAAUCUGUUUACCAAUAAUCAAUCCAGAGAACUGGAAACCAGCUACCAAAGUUGAACAUGUGAUUCAAGAUCUUGUUGCAAUGCUUCAUGCUCCUGAAGUUGAACAUGCUCUUCGUUCAGACCUAGCUGAAGAAUAUGCUAAAGAUUUCAAAAAGUUUCAUAAAAACGCAGAAGAGUUUACACGAAAAUAUGCAGAAAAAAUACCAAAUGUGUAAAAAUUGUCUUACUACAGUUACAAUGUUACAUGUGUUGAUGAUGAUCGCAUGAUUUCUUCUCAUAUAUAUUUAAUCACUUUUUGUUUUUAUUUUGGCCUUCCUCAUUCUGUUUUCUGGAUUCUAAGUGGUAGUUGUUUUUUCACAAGGGCGGGCGCCCUCGUCCGUGCUCGCUCGCAUAAACGCACACACACACACACUUGCGCUCGUAGGAAGUUCUCUGAUGGUCUGGUCUCUUCAUCAUGUUUCUCUUUUGUGUUGAAGGAUUGUGUAUAUGUAUAUGUGACUAGACUAGUUGUUGUGUUCUGAAGAUUGGGCAGUGCAUCUUUAUCCCUCUGACUUGUCUCUCUCUCUCUCCCUAACUCGUUUUGAUUCUGACGGCUUCUUUCUUUUCGUGAUGAUUUUAUUGCACUUUAAACAAACACAUUACAUUAACAAAUGGGCGCUGUUAUCCCGCAUAUAUAUAUAUAUAUAUAUAUAUAUAUAUAUAUAUAUAUGCGGGAUAUAUGUAUUUAUGCAUUUCGAAGCAUGUCGUCAAUGUGAUCAGAACUCUUAAAGUCAGCAUCUUGAUAUCGAAUAUUAAUGAUAAUAAUAAUUAUUAUAAUAUUACUGUUUUACUUUCUGGUUAUCAUUUUUUCUCUCUAAAAUUAUGUUAUUUUGUUCUAAAGUUAUUGUUUCUUGUCUUGAAUGUACUGAGUUUGUCUGAAAUGCAUAAAUAUAUACAUAUGUAUAUGUAUGCUAUGGUAGGGAUAGUUGCUGCACUGUUGUCGGGACGGGGGUUGUUGUUAAGUGUGGAGAUUUUUCUAUGAAUAUUAGGCUACCUUUUGAAUGCUCAAUUUGAAGUAUAAAAGAGAUCAGAUUUUCAUCAGUUUGAUGACAAAUUCAUUGAUAUCAGUUAGAGAGAAUCAUCGAAAACCAACUGGGAGUACUGGACAGUUGUUUCGUCAGCCUGACUGACUGGUUUCAACAUAGA